GAGUUAUAAACAUUGUAUUAAUUAAUAAUAUUUUUAAGCAACAGCAAUGUCUCUUGUUGCUUACGCCGCCAGCAGCGAUGAAGAUUCCGAAAAUGAUGAGCCCGUUUUAUCAAAAGUAACAGAAAGUACAAAAAAUCAUAUAAGCGAUGAUGAUGAUGACUACGUGCCCCAAGAGGUAACUUUGAACCAGCUAAAAUCUUCGAGUGGACGAUUUGCAUUGGCAUUGCCCAAGCCCAAGGUCUCUGCAGCAUCCAGUCCAGAAGAGGAGGACAAUGUAGAAGGGACGUCAGUUUUUGCUACACUUCCGACACCACGAUCAACUGUGGCAACCGCUGAGGAAGCGGAUGAUGAGUUUCUACAUAAAAAACCAUCUGCUCUGGUAGGCAGUGAAGAAUUGGAAAAGCCUCCACCAUUGCCAACUAAGAGAAGCGUCAAGAUCAGCAUACCCUCGCUAAGAGAUUUCUCAGAUGUGGACAAAGAGAUAUCUGAAAAAUUGAAAUCCCGGAAAAAUGAAGUUAAAACCAAUACACCCAAAGGAUCAGGACUGUUGAGUUUAUUACCCCAAGCCAAAUCCGAGCGUAAUUUUUCCAAGACAGAUUUAGCUGUGGCCGCACAAAAACCACAAACUGUUCAUGCAACCAAAACGUCUGUAGCGGCCUCUCCCUUUGUCCCGGAUACAGUGAAGCAGCGCAGAGCUGCCCAUAAUACUGAAGCCGUUGAUGGUGUGAAAAAAAUUAUUGCUCCGCACAAAAAAUCAAAUACAGCCCGACCGUCCGCUACAUCGUUGGUUGCUGUUAGCGAUAGCGAAGAUGGUGAUGACGAUGAUGAUGAUGGAGACUUUUUCUCACUGAACAGCGAGCACCGUCUCCCAGAGGUUAGCAGCAAUGAGAUUAAUGCAUUGGUAGCAAAGCGUGCUGCUAGAAUGGCUGAGGCCAGUAAUAAAUAUCUGGAAAAUGUGACAGAACGACAGGUCCCCGAGGAAGAGUCACAAGAACACGAUCGUCAGGCUGAAAAUGAACAUCAUCUGCGACAAAUUCAAGCCCGCAAUCGUGACGUGCAACUUAACGCCGAAGCAAUGGAUGCAUUGGUGGGUAAAAAUGCUAAGAGGCGGCGUAAGGAAGCAAAGGGAAUGCAAGUCAUCGAAAUUUCUGGUUCUGAAGUCCACCCCAAUCGUGAAGAAUGGAUGCGAACCGCUUUGGCUUCAUCCACAACGUUCCAACCCACAGGCGUGCUUACAGACGAAGAGCCUGUGGCGGGCACAAGACGUAAACAUCAAAUAACUUAUCUGGCCCACAAGGCCAAGGCCAAUGAGGCUGAACUACAAGCCAUGUGGUCGGCCAACAGGAACACACGACGUGUGACACAGAGCAAAUAUGGUUUUUGAUUUAUUUACAAAUUUCUUCUUAAAAUAAAUAUGCUUAAUU